CACUACUAGAUGCACUAUUCAUAGACACAUACACACACAAUUCUCUAAUCUCACCGAAGACCAGAACAAACAAAGUCCACCUUCCAAUCCCGAACCGCGGAACCGCAACUCCGACGUCAUCGGCCCUGAUCCACUUUUCUUCGUGUUGGACCUUCCCUCCUCCGGUACUCCUACUGCCUACUCCCUUUUCUUAGCAAUUCCCCGCGGGCGAACCCCGAUGCAGGCCUGGGACGUGGAGACAGGACACCGGUCCUCCGUACAAUAGGUAUAAAACCCCUCAUCCCAGCUUGUCACUGUUGACUUCACCUCUUACCCCCCAAACAAAAAAACCCUCCCCACCAAUCUACCUUGAACCUAUACCCAGACCCAAACCACCACAACCACCACAACCACCACAACCACCACAACCACCAAAAUGGAAGACCGACCCCUCACCCAAGUCAGCACCGACCCAAUAACCCUAACCGCCCACGAAACCUCUCCGGCCUUAAUCUUCAGCACCUUCACCGCCACGACGGCCUUCAACCUGGGCCUGGCCCUCCGGGACCGGAUCCUCAGCCUCCCGGCCAGCUCGCGCAAGCCGGCCCUCAUCAGCAUCACGCUGACCACGGCGCCGCUACCCUCCGCCUUCACCGACAACCAACCGGUCCCGCCGCACGUCGUCUUCCAGUGCGCCACGGAGCCCGGCACGAUCCCGGACAACGAGGUGUGGGUGCGCCGGAAGCGGAACACCGUGCUGCGCUGGGGGGUGAGCAGUUGGUUGAUGCGCAACAAGCUCCUGUCCACGCUGGCGGACGCCGAGAAGGGAGGCGUGGAGGCGGCGUUCGUCAGGAAGUAUGCGCUGCGGUCCAGUAAUGGCGGGGCCGUGGCGGAUGAUUAUGCCAUUCAUGGUGGGGGGUUCCCGGUGCGGGUGCGCGGGGUGGAUGGGGUGGUGGGCGUCAUUGUGGUCAGUGGGUUGAAGCAGGAGGAUGAUCAUCAGGUGAUUGUCGAUGUGGUGCGGGAGUUUAUCUCGCAGGGUGGUGGGGGAGAGGUGCCUUCGGCUUAAAAGGUUGUAUGAAUGGACUAUCAAUCUCAAAUACAGUCGGACUUUUAGUCUGGGAGUCUAACUCUAUUCAUUCAAGUAACGGAUCAAGUAGAGAGCAUCGAUGAGAGCA